CAGACGCAUCCCGGUCUGUGAGCGGGACUCUCACAGCUGAGCGCCGAAUAAAAAAAAAGGUGCUGAGGCUAACUUUGGCAAGAAUCUGCGCGUUAUUUCGGAGAAAAUGGCCUUCGAGAUGGAAGCGGAUCUACCACCUAGUCUCGCAUGUCUGAAAAAUGUCGAUGCGCUGCUUCGGUGUCCUAUUUGCUUCGACUUUCUCAAUAUUUCAAUGAUGACAAAAUGCUCACACAAUUUUUGUUCUUUGUGCAUACGGAAAUUUCUUUCCUACAAGCUCCAGUGUCCAGUUUGCAAUACACAAAUGACAGAAGCAGAUCUGAGGAACAACCGUUUGUUGGAUGAUUUGGUCACAAACUUUCAAUCUGCAAGGCAACAGUUGUUAAAAGCACAAUUUGACUCUCCUCCAAUAUCUCCGAAGACCCCUGCUUCAGCCGUUAAAUGCAAAACUCCGAAGGAGAGGGGCCAGAAGUGUAACAACUCUGUGCUGAGCCAGUUUUUCCAAAAAAAGUCUAAAACACCUCCCAGCAAAGAAACCCAGCGCAAUGGUUCCAUCUCUGAGUGGGUUCAGGAGGGGAAAAGAUGGACUGCAGGAAUCCACAACAGUACUGACCUACAUUCAGGAAAAGCUGAGCUUUCAGUGGUUGUGAAAGAAGAACCCAUAGAUAUGGACGAUGCGUCUACUUACGGUUCGACGUCACUCAGACUUGAGCCCACGGCCUUUCCAAGUAUUAGCGCUGAAAAUGGGAUGGCAGAUUCUUUAACACCUUCAAAAGACAUUAAGCCCAUAAUCAAAGUGGAGUGCCCUGUGUGUUCUGUAAGUGUUUCCCAGCAUUUUAUCAACAAACAUCUGGACACGUGUCUUACCAGUGGUGACAAGAAGGAAAGCUUGAGGAGCCAGAAGAGGCGUCCAAUGCCGAAGUUGGUGUACAACCUGCUUUCAGUGCAGGAGCUCAAGAGGAGGCUGAAGGAAUGCCAUCUGUCAUUGCAGGGAUCUCGAGACCAGCUGAUCAAAAGACACCAAGAUUUUGUCUACUUAUACAAUGCCCAGUGUGACUCUCUAAACCCGAGAUCAGCUGAGGAAAUUGCCAAAGAGGUCGAGGCCAAUGAGAAGAUGAGAAAUCAGUUACAGGGGAAGGCCAAGCCAGUCAUGGUUUUCUCAAAGAAUCAGUCUGAGAAAGAGAUCGAAGACAUGCAUUCAAAUUACAGGAAGCAGCACAGCAGUGACUUUUCCCGGCUAAUAGCUCAGGUCCGCGGCCGCAUGGAGACCACCAGACAACCUCGUGUAAAACAGGAAGUCAGUGAGGAGAACAAGGACGUACAAAAAACGCACUCUGCAGAUCAAGGUGCACAAAUAAAAAGCUGCACAGAAGUGAAGGUUGAACAUGAAGCUGAAGACGAGGAAUCAGGAGGAGUAAUCGAGUUGUCAUCCAGCCCCGCCUAUAGUGACGUGUCCAUCAGCAGUUCUAUUUCUGACAUCUUUGGUCCAGAACCUGCCAGAAAAGAUGUAGAGAGGACCCCAGGCCGAAAGCGAACAUCCCACUCCACAGAAGACAAUGCCACUUUAUCGCCUGUUUUGGGAAAGCGACGGCGAAAAACGUAAGAAGAGACGAAGGAAAGGAAAGGAGGGAAAAAAUCUAAAGAAAAUCCCGCGCCUUCUGUAUCAGCUAACUUUGAAGGACAUGCACAUUCCUUUUAAACAUUUCUUUGUACCCUGAUUAACUUGCACUGGUAUUUUCAUGUUUACAAAUAAAUCUUUGGUCUUUUUUACAAUUUUGUAUUUUGCAAUACUCUGGUCAAUGUUCUAUUUCUGUUGUUGCUACUUGUUUGUGUUUUGACUCGAAUCCAUAGUUUGUAUUAUUGCAUAUUUUGCUACACGAUUUUAAGAGCAAUAAACUAGUAGAAACAUUCAA